AUGUUUUCGUUUCUAUCUUCAGAACUCGUAAAUGUUAGAAAUAGAUUUUUCUUCAUUGUAGGAACUACUUUCUAUAUUUUCUUCUUCGUGACCAAAACUAAAUUUAGGCACUCAAACGCCAAUGCUUACUUUUUGCAUUUACGUAUAUGUUCACUCCAAUUUUUCCUUUCAUCUAUCAGUCUUUCGAUUCUGUUUUGUUUUCUCUUUGACGUUCUCUUUCUUUUUUAUUUCUUUUUUAUUUCCUUUAUAUUUCUCUUUUUUAAUUUCUAUUUUAUUUCUCUUUCUUUUUUAUUUCUUUUUUAUCUCUUUUUAUUUCUUUUAUUUCUUUCUUUUUAUUUCUUUUUUAUUUCUCUUUCUUUUGAUUUCUUUUUUAUUUCUCUUUCCUUUUUAUUUUUUUUUUAUUUACUUUUUAUUUCUCUUUCUUUUUCAUUUCCUUUUUUAUUUCUUUUUAUUUCUUUUAUUUCUCUUUCUUUUUAUUUCUUUUUUAUUUCUCUUUCUUUUUUAUUUCUAUUUUAUUUCUUUUUUAUUUUAUUUUUAUUUCUUCUGUUAUUUUUCUUUCUUUUUUAUUUCUUUUCUUUUUUAUUUGUCUUUCUUUUUUAUUUCUUUUCUUUUUUAUUUGUCUUUCUUUUUUAUUUCUUUUUUAUUUGUCUUUCUUUUUUAUUUCUUUUUUAUUUGUCUUUCUUUUUUAUUUCUCUUUCUUUUUAUUUCUUUUUUUCUUUGUCUUUCUUUUUUAUUUCUUUUUAUUUCUUUUUUAUUUUUCUUUCUAUUUUAUUUAUCUUUCUUUUUGUAUUUCUUUUUUAUUUCUCUUUCUUUUUUAUUUCGUUUUUAUUUAUUUUUUAUUUUUUUUAUUUCUCUUCCUUUUUUAUUUCUUUUUUAUUUUUAUUCCUUUUUUAUUUCUUUUUUAUUUCUCUCUUUUAUUUCUUUUUAUUUCUUUUUUAUUUCUCUUUCUUUUUUAUUUCUUUUUUAUUUCUCUUUCUUUUUUAUUUCUUUUUUAUUUCUCUUCCUUUUUUAUUUCUUUUUUAUUUUUAUUCCUUUUUUAUUUCUUUUUUAUUUCUCUCUUUUAUUUCUUUUUAUUUCUUUUUUAUUUCUCUUUCUUUUUUAUUUCUUUUUUAUUUCUCUUUCUUUUUUAUUUCUUUUUUAUUUCUCUUUCUUUUUUAUUUCGUUUUUAUUUAUUUUUUAUCUUUUUAUUUCUCUUCCUUUUUUAUUUCUUUUUUAUUUCUCUUUCUUUUUUAUUUCUUUUUUAUUUUCAUUUCUUUUUAUUUCUUUUUUAUUUCUCUUUUUUUUAUUUCUUUUUUAUUUCUCCUUCUUUUUAUUUCUUUUUUCUUUCUUUUUUAUUUUUAUUUCUUUUUUAUUUCUUUUUUUAUUUGUUUUGUUGUUUCUCUUUCUCUUUUAGUUCUUUUUUCUUUUUUAUUUUACUUUCUUUUUUAUUAA